AAAAUAUCUGACGUUUGUCAAUGAAUGAGCAAUCAACCACGCACAAAUCAAAACCAACGGAAGUUUUUAUUCGGGACCGGAUUACUAAUUCAUGCUGUAUAUACAAAAGAGAAUUUUCCGUAUUGUUUAAACCAAUAAGAUCCAAUUCUCUUACUGUAGCGUUCUGGAAAUAACAGCUUAACCAAAAAUUAUUUAUAUAAUUUUAUGAAAAUUUAUUUAAAAAAUCGGAAAAAAAUACUUAUGUAAUAUGACUUUAUGUUAACAAAAACUAUUUCUUAACAUAUUCUGAGAAAUUCAGUGAACUACAAAUAAAAACUGUGAUAAUAAUAAUCAAAAUAACGAGCAAAAUGUUUUCAUUGAAAUUAAUAUCAAUAGCAGCUCUCGUCGGUUAUAUAACAGCUUUUCCGUCGGGAGCACCAGCAAAUAUUUGCGGACGAUAUGUACCUGGCGGACACAGAAACAGGGACACUCCUGUUGGGAAUGGACCAAAGACAGGACCAUAUAAACUGGACGUUCAAAGCAUCGGAAAUGGUUUAUUCACAGUAACAUUACAAUCUACGACGUCACUUCCCUUUAAGGGUUACGUCAUACAAGCUGUACAGUCAUGGAAAGAACUUCCCGACGGGCCGUCAGACAUUGUCGGCAAUUUCCAACCCGACUUCCAGAGGGGGCGAUAUCAGGUUCGAUCUUGUGGUCAGAUGGGAGGCAGCAAUGUAUUAACCCACACUUCAGGAAACGACAAAACACAAGUCUCGGGAACAUGGCAGGCCUCGGGGAACCUUCCAGACCCAAACGUCAAAUUUGUUGCCACAGUCGUACGGGAUUUUGACAACUUCUACGUCGUCCAUUCCGGGCCUGUUAACAUACAAGACGGAUCUGUUGGCGGAACAACCGGAACAACCUCUGUUAAUACUGGUACCCUUUCCACCGGAAGUGGAAGUGGAGUCAGUGGUCAAGGGCAAGGUUUUGGAACUACCGGUCAAGGCUUUGGAACAACCGGUCAGGGUAUUGGAACUACAAGCCAGUCUUUUGGAACAAGUGGUCAAGGUUUUGGAACUGCUGGUCAAGGCUUUGGAACGGGUGGUCAAGGAUCCUUCAGUACCAGUUCCACUGAUCUAGGCGGGUCUACUUCAUUCGGUGGCUCAAGUGUAAACACAGGUUCAAUGCCGGGUCAAGGUCAAAGCAGUUUCGGUCAAGGUCAGGCAACCUCAACAUUUGGGCAGACGAGACCACCAUUUACAGCAAUGGGAAAUCAAUUUAGUGGUUUCGGAGGUCAGUUUGGGCGUCCAGGUGGCAUGCCACAAGGAGGUAUGUUUGGUGGUCCACGAUUUCCUGGAGGAAGCCCCUUUGGAGGUCAGUCGUUUGGAGGUACAGGUUUUCCCGGGGGUAGACCAGGGGGCAUGAGUAUGGGACAAUUCGGGGCCGGUCGGCCUGGACAAUUUGGUGGUGCAGGAGGCAUGCCAUUUGGACCUGGUUCUGCUGGAGGAUCAACUUUUGGUAGCCAAGCUGCUGGACAAGGUCAGUUCAGUCAGGGAGGUACCGCAGGUUCUGGUUCUACUGGGAUGACGGGACCAUUUGGAGGUCAAGGUCAGACUCAGCCAGGAGGUCAAACAACCCAAUUUGGUGGUCAAACUACGAUGUUCGGAGGCCAAGGCCAAACCCCCUUUGGAGGUCAAACGAUGUUUGGUGGUAGGGCAACACAGUUUGGACCCAGAUCUCCAGGUCCAUUUGGUCCACAGUUUGGUGGAAGAUCAUUUGGUGGGCCAGGAACAUUUGGUGCUGGAGGCCCUGGAAUGUUCCGUGGUGGACCUGGAUCAUUUGGGGGUCAAGAGGGUCCUUUUGGAGGGGCAUCAAGAUUCCCAGGUCAAGGAACCGGUUUCGGUGAUAGUUUUGGAGCCGGAAGCCCAAUGGGAUCAUUUGGUUUUGGAGGAGCUGGACCUCAAAGUGGAUUUGGUGGUGCAGGACGAUUUGGUGGUGCAUCCGGGCAAUCGUUUGGUUCCUUCUCAACAGGAGGUCAAACUGGGCCCUUUGGUGCUGGUGGUAGUCAGGGCACUGCCGGUACUAACACCAUGCAAUUCGGUUCCGGUUUAUCACAAGGUCAAGGUCAAACAGGAUCUCAAGGGCAAAUGAACACCCAAGGUCAAAGCAUGUUUAGUCCCCAAGGACCAACAGGUACUGGUGCCGCACAAAGUGGUGGAUCAUCUGGGUUUACCAGUUUUGGUGCGGGAACCAGCAGUUUCAGUACAGGGUCUGGUUCCGGAAGUUCACAAACAUUUGGUGCUGAUGGACAAAGCACUGGUAGUGGGCUCGGCGCCUUUAGUUUUGGCGGGUGAAAUAAAAAGAUUUCCGUUAGUUAUUUAUAAUUCAAUAAUGUUCAGAGAAUAAUCUUAGUAAUAUUGGAACAUUAAACAACGAAAGAACGAGGUCAAAAAUGAUGAGGAAUACAUGAAUAUCCAAAAUAUGUUCCUUUUAACUAAAGAAAACUCAAGACACUUCAAAGUGCCAGUUAAAAAGAUUUGUUUAUAAGAGUUUGGGCAUUUUGUCGCCAGUUCCUCUCUCAGGGUAAAAUGUGAAAACUUGGAUAGUGUUGCUUAAUAUUGUAAAAACAUGCGAAGUAAUGGACACAAUCUUCAAGAAUACCUGCUCAUCCUCGUUAUAUUUCUGAAAAUAUUUAUUUUAUAUCAUGAGCAUUAUUAUUUUCCAUACAGGUAUGAUUUGGUGUAAAUAAAUGCUUUGAUUUGAUUCAAUAUCGCGGAACUAGAAUGACAGUUCAAAUGCAUACAGGUUGAGCUUGUUUUUUGAAUUUAUGUUUGUGAACUUUGGGGGCCAUAGAAGUGGUCUGAAGGUUACAUAAUAAUACAUUACUUCAGGGCAAAAACUGGUUUACUGCUUCUUUAUGUGAAUUUAGUUGUCCCGUUUUUGCACUGAGGUGUUCAUGAUAUGAAAAACAUUCAUGUUGCCAUCUUACACAAACUUUUUUUAUAGUUUUUUGUAAAUAUCAUAUUCAUUAUGACUUGUAAAGAUUCACUGUCUUGUUAAGUGUAAUAAAUAAAUAAAUAAAUCUUUAAAACUGA